AUGCGCGCCUGCCGACCCGGAAGCGCCGUGGGAGCGGGCGUUGGAGGCACGCUUCCCAUCAUGGUGAAUGAGAGGCAUAAUGGCAACCUGCUGGUGCCCCUGGGACCCAAACUGCAGGCCUACCCAGAGGAGCUGCUGCGGCAGCGGCGGGGCCAUGAUGGGCAGCCUGAGUACCUGAUCCAGUGGAGGAUUGUCAGCCUGGAGGAGAGAGCAGCGGGCGGCAGCAGCACCUCCUCUGCGGAGACGAAGCUGGAGAACGUCUCCAUGUGGAUGUCUGCAGAAGAGGUCUGUGCCAGCUGCCUGGCGCUGCUGGACCAGAGGAAGCUGGAAGGGCAGCGUGUGACAGGGGAGAAGGCAGCCAGCCCGUCCGCUGCAGAUGUCCUGGGGGAUGAAGCCUCGCUGCUGGAGAUGAAGGCUGAUGUCAGGAGCCUGGUGCAGCGCGCAGGCCGGCAGAUGGCCGAGUCCCGGGCCCCUGCGUCCUCCAUCCUCAACAUCAUCCACGUGCUGAGCGCGUAUGCCA